AUGCAAAAUCAAGACCAGGAUCAACACGGCUAUGCUAUUCUGCGUAUCAAACGCAAGCGCAACGAGGAACCUCUUGAUGCGCUUGUUGUCGACGCUCGUCAACGAAGGAAGAAAUCUCGUGGUGCUCUCAAUGUCUUCCAGUUUGCAGAGACCGUUGAGGAGGGUGCAUGGGAUGAUGCGGAUAAGACGAGGGAUCUGCAGACGCGCGUGUCUAGCCUUGCCCGCGGGGGCUUGCAAAAAAGAAAAAGGGCACCCGAAUCUGCUCCAAUGUCUGUUUCUGCACCUCCUGGUGGUGUGAAGUCUGCCCCAACCGCCAACGUGAAAGACCCAAGUCGCAGAUAUACAAUUGUUCAGUCCGGUUUACCAACAUCUGCAUCUGAGCCGGGGUUACAUCGUCGUGCACCCACUGCUCCGCCAAAGGUAUGGUCCAAGAGAGAGUUGGAGGAGAUGAAACGCGUGCAGUCUGGGUUCAGGAUGUACGAUGUUGUCCCUUCAUCAACCACGGCCGCGUCUCUCAGAUCGGGCGCACUGGACGCUGCACAGGAUGUUGACCAGGAGAUGGCUAAAUUCCUUCCGAUGUUGCAGGACUAUCUCAAGCUGACUGAAGGUUCUUCCCAUUCCGCCUCACCGUCUGUUCCCGACAUGCCGCCCAGUGCGAGCGGUCACCUUGCUAUUGAUGACGACGGCGACUACGUGUGGGACGUGUUCUAUCAGCGUCCUACGACAUUCCAAGACCUGUAUGGAUCUUCCACUAGUAUCGGUGGCAACAUUGGGACGUUGACCGGUCUGCCUCCUGAGCUGGAAGCAUACGAUUCUGAUUCGGACUCGGAGCACGAAGACGAAGAUGACGAAGACUCGAAUGCUGAGGAUUGGUAUAAGAAUGAUUAUCCGGAGGAAGAGGAUGAACAACGGUCUGAUGAUAGCGGAGGCAGUGACGAAUACCACGAGCGCUCGGAUUACGAGGACGCCUCAUGGACCGGUGAGGGCGACCGUCAAUGGCGAUGA